AUGAGCGAUAUUACUUUAGGAAAAUAUCUUUUUGAAAGACUCAAGCAAGUAGAGGUAUCAACUAUUUUCGGGUUGCCUGGAGACUUUAAUUUGACCUUAUUAGAUAAAAUCUAUGAAGUGGAAGGUAUGAGAUGGGCAGGUAAUGCUAACGAAUUGAAUGCCGCAUAUGCUGCUGAUGGAUACUCUAGAAUCAAGGGCCUUGCUUGUCUUGUCACUACUUUUGGUGUCGGUGAAUUGAGUGCCGUAAAUGGUGUUGCAGGUGCCUACGCAGAACACGUCGGGUUAUUACAUGUUGUUGGUGUUCCAUCUAUUUCAUCUCAAGCUAACCAAUUGUUGCUUCAUCAUACUUUGGGUAAUGGUGACUUUACUGUCUUCCACAGAAUGUCGAAGAAUAUCAGUCAUACCACUGCGUUCUUAUCAGAUUCUGAAACUGCACCGGCUGAAAUUGACAGAUGUAUAAGAGAUGCUUAUGUUUAUCAAAGACCGGUAUAUCUUGGUAUACCAGCUAAUUUAGUUGAUGUGACUGUGUCCUCUUCCUUAUUAGAAAAGCCACUUGAUUUAUCAUUGAAGCCAAACAAUGCUGAAGCAGAAGAAGAGGCGGUUGAACUUACUUUAAAAUUGAUCGAAGAAAGUAAGAAUCCAAUCAUUUUGGUUGAUGCUUGUGCCUCAAGACAUAAUUGUAAGCAAGAAACCAAGGAAUUGGUCGAAAUCACUCAAUUUCCUGUCUUUACUACGCCAAUGGGAAAAGGUACAAUUGACGAAGGAGGUGUUGGUGGUUUAUUAGAGGACGACCCAUCCUCAAUUGAAAAGGUUAAGAAGAAGUUAGACUACGGUAAUUCUGUCUCGUCCAGAUUUGGAGGUGUUUACGUUGGUAACUUAUCUCACCCUGAAGUUAAAGAAGCCGUAGAAAAUGCAGAUUUGAUUUUAUCGAUCGGUUCUUUAUUAUCUGAUUUCAAUACUGGAUCCUUUUCAUACAGUUAUAAGACAAAAAAUAUAGUUGAGUUUCAUUCCGAUUACACCAAAAUUAGACAGGCAACUUUCCCAGGUGUUCAAAUGAAAGAGGCUUUGCAACAUUUAUUGAAGAAAGUUGGACAAGCUGCUUUAAAAUAUAAGCCACAACCGGUUCCAAAAGUCAAAUUGAUUAAUACUCCAGCUUCAAGAGACUCCAAGUUGACUCAAGAAUGGUUGUGGACUAGAGUGUCAUCUUGGUUUAAAGAAGGUGAUAUUAUUAUAACUGAAACUGGUACAUCUGCGUUCGGUAUCGUGCAGUCUAGAUUUCCUAAUAAUACCACCGGUAUUUCGCAAGUAUUAUGGGGUUCGAUUGGUUUUACAGUUGGUGCAACUUUAGGAGCCGUUAUGGCGGCGGAAGAAAUUGACCCCGCCAAAAGAGUCAUUUUAUUCAUAGGUGAUGGUUCUUUACAAUUGACAGCUCAGGAAAUCUCAACCAUGAUAAAGUGGAACACGAAGCCAUACUUGUUUGUUUUAAAUAACGACGGCUACACUAUUGAAAGAUUAAUUCAUGGUGAAAAUGCCACCUAUAAUGACGUUCAACCUUGGAAAAACUUGGAUUUAUUACCGUUAUUUAGUGCUGAGGAUUACGAUGCUAUUAGAAUUUCUACCAUAGGUGAAGCUGAAGAUAUUUUUAGAGACAAAGAGUUCGAAGAAAAUACUAAGAUCCGUAUGGUUGAAGUCAUGUUACCACGUAUGGAUGCCAGUACUAAUUUGAUCAAGCAAGCUGAAUAUCUGGCAAAGACAAAUGCUGCAAAUUAA